AUGGCCUUCCUUGAAGACCCCCGGCUCCGCCAACGCUGGAACCAAAUCACCCACGACGCGGAAACCGUCACCGAAAACGCGGCAGCCGGCAUAUUCACCUUUCAGCAAAACUAUAUCAACCCGUGCCUCGCAUCAAUAGCCGACGCUAUCGAGCAAUGCACAACAGUAUGCCUGGGCGACCCCGAAGAGCGGUUCCGACGCCGUCGCGAACGCCAACGGGCCCGCGAGAGCGCCGAAUUCAGUUUUGACUUCUACGACGACUGGUAUGAAGAGGAGCAGUCUGGCGGCGGACUCCUGGGCAGCUGGGGCGGCGAGGACUGGGACCGCCUGCUAGCUGGCACAGGAAGCGCCAGAAGACAUGGCGGCGAGACGAACGAGCAACCUCGAAGGAAACGCGGCAUGAGCUACGGGACGAGAGGCAUGAGGAGGAAGGCGAGCCAGAAUGAUGCCACAAUCAUUCCGAGCACGCAGCCCAUUGGGUUCUUGAGUAAACUGCCCUGGAAAAUGGGCGGGACGCUACGAUAUAAACCUAGCGCAGCGGACCUGCAAGACCACCCUGGCAAGCACGAUGCAGGGGAAUCUGCACCGCUGUUGGGCGGUGACGACGACUCGGAUUACGGGGAGGUGUUGCGCAUGCCUAGACAACGGAGCGGCACGACGGGGUCGGGGGGAACGUCGGAUUCGUACCGGUCAAGAGGAGAUUUGUUCCCCAGCGAUGGGGAGGGAGAGGAGGAUGCCGUGCCGUUGGACGACGACGUGACAUAUGACAUGGUAAAGAGGGACGACAGGAGCAGUGGCAAGACGAGGAGCAGUAAAGGAAAACGGCCAGCGGGAGAGCUUGCGGCUUCUUCCCGAACCGUUUCAAGGUCAACACUGGGAUCUACGGCGUCCAGUGAGUCCCGCGACUACGGAACGACGGCCCCUCCGACGCCAGGCGUUGCUAAUAUCCCGCCAAUGGAGGAUUUACAAGCCGAAGAGACGAGGUUGCAGAGGCAAGAGCACGAUGAACGGGCGAGGAGGAAGAUGGCUGCCUCGCAGCUUGCUGCGGGGAGGGGACUGGGCGUCGAUGAAGAGAUCCAUGAUGUCGAGGACGCGAAAACGCUCGAGAUGGCGAUGAACGAGAUUCACGAACCUCAGGAUAAGGUGACAUCUUUGCAGGAUCGUGAUAGACAGGAAUCAUCACCAACACCAACUCCAGUGUCGAGGGACCAACCAAGAGGGAGCGGAGGCGAUGAUUCGUAUGAAUCGAGUAGCAGGUCUACAUCGGCUUUCCACGCAGCACGACUGCCACGCUUUGGAUAA